AUGUACCUCCCGCGGUCCCUAAUCUCCAAGCUCUACUCGCAUCUCCAAAAUACCCGCCAUCCUCUCUCCCCGGCCGUCCUGAUCCUCGUCGCGCUCGAGCCGGACGCUCUCUGCGCCUGUCGCAUCCUCACCCGCCUACUCAAACAUGACUAUAUUCCGCACAAGAUCCAGCCCGUUGCGGGUUACAGCGACCUGGAAAAGGCAGGCAAGGAGCUUGUUGUACCGAUGAUGGAGUCGCAGGGAGGCAGUGGAGGCGUUGUCAUCUGCCUUGGGGUCGGUGGCAUGGUUGAUCUUGGACCAAUGCUAGGCUUAGAACCCGAGGGCGAAGAGUCCCCAUACAGCGGCGUCGAGGUCUGGGUCUUUGAUGCUCACCGGCCGUGGAACCUGGCCAAUGUCUUUGGCGGCUUCCCGCUCGAGCCUGCGGAUACGGCGUCGAGCUCAUACCAGUCAAGGAGUCCGGUCGGGGUCACAGGGGGGGCCAUUGGUCGAUCAUACAACUGUGGCAAGGGCGGCAUCAUCGUCUACGACGAUGGCGACAUUGAGGGCGACCUCACGGCCGAACGCGAUGCGUAUCUUGCGCUUCUGGACAUGCCGGACAUUGAGGAGCAGGGCGACGAGGAUCUUAGCGAAGACGAAAACGAUGGCGAUCACGCCGACUCGGGCUCAGAGCAUGCUCACGCAGGGCAGAAGAGGAAGAGCUUGAAUGAGGAGGAGUCUAGCGAUGAGGAGGAAUCGCGGCCUCGCCAGCGGCGACGAAGCAAUUCCUCAAGCUGGAUAGCCAGCUCUCCUCGCCGGCCAGAGCACAGAGGCUUGCUGUCGAUACGACAAGCUGAUGCAGGCCUGUCGAGCGAUCCCGUCGAACCUCCAUCAGGAGCUCAACCGCCGCCGGCCGCCUCAGCUCGCGCGCUGCGGAAACGACUCCUACGAAUGCGACAACAGAACGAAGCCGUCCUACACCAAUACUACAGGAUGGGGUCAUCCUACUCCGAGCCCAUCUCAGCGAUGAUGUACUCGCUGGCCUCCGAACUAGGCCGCGAUGACAACGACCUGCUGUGGUUGGCCAUUGUAGGGGUCACGUCGAUGGAGCUGUACGGAAGGUCAUCGGCAGGCGUUGCCGCGCCUGUCCGGUCGGGCGCAGGCGGUAGGCCGUCUGGCUGGUUUGGCGUCCGAGGUGCUCGACUGCGACAGCUCCUGAGAGAUGAGGUUCGGAGACUGAACCCUCCAGAGAUGACUAAUGGGCGAGUUGCUCCCGAGAACAAUGGCAUCAUACCAACCACGGCCAGGAACCCUGAAGACACGGGCAUUCGCCUGUCUCCAGAGCCAAGGUUUCUACUGAUCCGCCAUUGGAGCCUCUACGACAGCAUGCUGCAUUCGCCCUAUCUCUUUUCCAGGCUAAGAACUUGGAGCGAAGCGGGCAUCAAGCGGCUGCACAAGCUCCUCGCCAAGAUGGGAGUCAGCCUGGCGCAGUGCAAGCAGAGCUACACGCACAUGGACAUGAUGCUGAAGCGCGAGCUGAGGGCGAAACUGUUAAAGUACGGAUCGCUCUACAACCUCGAUGAGAUGGUGCCCGCGGUUGAUACGGACGGCAAGGAUCGCGCAGGAGCCAAAGAUGGAUGGGGCUUUGUCCGCAGCUGGGGAUGGCGCGCAACUCUCAGUGCCCAGGACGUCGGGGUCGUGAUUGGCGCUCUGCUAGAGGUCGGAAAACAUGCCCAUGCUCUGGACACGACAAACGGAGGGCCGAGCCAGGUAACGCGUGAGAUGGAGGACGAGUCGGAGCUGGCUGCCGAGGGCGAGGAAUGGGUGCAUCGCUUCUGGGAGGCAUAUGACGCGUUGGAAAAUAUCGAUGCCCUCAAGGCUGGACUACCGACGGCACAGUUUUUGCACCGCGCAAUCUACCGUACCGGGACCUCUCUGAUCAACAAGAAACAGAUCAAGCACCUCCGUGCUUUCCGCAUGUGCGUCGUCAAAGAUGGCCCCGACGUCGCGCUCUUUACGCACCCGGCUGCCUUGACGAAGCUGGCUCUCUGGAUCGGAGAGGCGCUGGCCGAGCAAGAAAAAGAAACCCAGGGCAAGCUGUCACACGGAGGCCGCGGAACACCAUUGGUAGUGGCGAGCCUCAACGAGAAGCGUGGAGUCUACACCGUUGUGGGCACGGGAGGCGGCGGAGGACCGGAUACCCUAUUUCUAAACAAGGCGACGAAGCAGGAACGGCAGUCAAAGAAGGAAGCCAAGGCACGCAAGAAAGAAGAGGCGCGCAAGGCCAAGGAAAAGAUUCGCAAAGAGAAGCGUGCGGCUCGGCGGGCUGCGACCCAAGACAACGACGACAAUGGAGACGAUGACGAGCUGGAGACGGAGUCCGAGGCCUCUGAAUCGUCAGAGUCGGAAGACGACUCGGAUGAUGAGGAGAUGAAUGAUCGGGGCUACGGUCUCAACAAGUUUGGCAACGCGUUUCAAGAAGUUGUUGCCGAGACGAGCGCGCGUGUCCGGAUCGAUAGCUUUGAGCACUCGGUUGUGGAGGUCAAGAAGGAAGACUUGGGCGCCUUUCUCGAGAGCCUGAGCGAAAAGGCUGUUGUGGGCUGA